AGUGUAUACUGUGCGCCCGAGUGUUUUCAUCUACAAACAUGCUUUGUGGAAAGAAGAGACUUCUGGUGCAGCAUGUUGGGGGUUUCGCGCAGUGUCACUACAUCACCGCUUGCACGCAUUUAUUGAAAGAACGGAUUUCAACGUCAAUCGGAGGAAUGCGCUGAUCUCGGGAACUAUAUGGCAGACACGGGAGGGCCUGAAUUAGCGGCAUCGAUGAGCCAAACUGAGAUGGAGAUGUCUGGGGGUCCGGCAGGGGAAACGCAGAGGACUGGUACGGUGAAGAGGAAGAUGUGGGGGGGCCUCAGGCAGCAGUGGAAGCUACUGGGCCUGUUUGAGAUCGACCAGCAGCACAAGUUCUACAGCCUCACCUCUAUGAUGAAGGAAGGCCUCUCUGCAGCCGUGCAGAACACCAUCGACAACCCACCACCGGAUGAAUUGUCGGAAGAUGACUACAGAUUGGAAGUCACUCAAAUACAUAAGGACUUUAGAAUGGAGACGUUUGCAGGGCCUGUGUUUGCCAGCUUGCGUCGCUCCCUGGGGAUGACAGAAAAGGAGUAUCAGCACUCUCUCUCCUCUGACGGAUCCUACCUGCAGUUCAUCAGCAACUCCAAAAGCAAGGCCGACUUCUUUCUCACGAACGAUAAGCGGUUCUUUCUAAAGACCCAGAACAAGAGAGAGGUGCAAUUCCUCCUGUCCAACCUAAGAAUCUACAUGGAGCACCUAGAGAAGUAUCCUCAUUCACUGCUGGUCAAGUUCUUAGGCGUCCACAGGAUCAAAAUUCCGCAUAGGAGGAAGAAGUACUUCAUUGUAAUGCAGAGUGUUUUUUACCCUGACGAUCGAAUCAAUGCCAGGUAUGACAUCAAGGGUUGUGAGGUGAGCCGAUGGACAGACCCCGCCCCAGAGGGAAGUCAGGUUAUCGUUGUCCUCAAGGACUUGAACUUCGAGGGCCAGUACAUCACUCUGGACCAGCAUCGUCCAUGGCUGCUCCGGCAGGUGGAGAUUGACACGUCGUUCCUGCAGAGACUCAAUGUGCUGGACUACAGCCUCCUGGUGGCCCAUCAGCCCCUGCACCAGGAUGAACGGCACCAGUGCCUGUCCUUCGCCACCCUUAUCAUGCGCACAAAAAAGUCAGUGAUCACUUGCUCAAGCCCCACCCAUGUGGGCAUGCCCACUGUUCCGGGGGCGGUCCCAGAGGAAGACUCCGCCCUGUUGGUGUCAGAGAUGGACGGCAGGACAGGAAGUUGCAGCGUUGCUGAGUCAGGGGGAGGAAGUAACCUGGGCAGUGCCCCUUCCGGGAGACCCUGUACUGAGCAGCCGGUGGGAACAGUCACGAAUUCGAUGGAACUGCGGGACUUCCAGGCCCAGAACCGCCGGCUGCUGCCCAACUUCAGAAACCCGCUGCACGUCAUUGAUGGACCGGAGCAUCGCUACUUUGUGGGCAUCAUCGACAUCUUCACUGUCUACAGCUUCAAGAAGAGGCUGGAGCAUUGGUGGAAGAGACUGCGGCACCCAGGGCAGGCCUUCUCCACCGUCAGCCCCCCCGCUUACUGCCUUAGGCUCUGCCAGUGGGUACAGGACCACACCAGGUAGACUCAGAAAGAGGGGAGGAUGGUUACUCCCACUAGCACGCUGUCUGCCCAGGGACACACAUGCACGCAUAUAUACACACACACACACACACACACACACAGGCUAGCAACUGGGACGCUGACCAGAGACACAAAGCUAUUCUUUUAAAGCGCUGUAAUUUCAGAUUGACCAAGGGGCAGUUAUUUUCAUGUUUCCACAUGUCCACACCAAAGCCAAAACUAACAUAAACCAUUAUAUGAAAAUAUAAUAUUCACCACCGCGGAUAAAUGGGUUCUCCCUCUUUUCUUACAUUUUUGUUAAGUAAACAAAGAAAAAGGUGCAACAUUUAAAAUCAAGUGCUAUGAAUUGAUUAGCUGAUUAUCCAAAGUAAUCGUUUUUGAAUUGUUGAAGUUUAGUUAGUGAAUCAAUGAUGAAAACCAAAAUGAUAUUAUAAAUUUGCCACCUGUUUUUAUUUUCUUAAAAAAUAAAUAAUAAUUAGACUCCUAUCGAUUUCUCCCCCCAAUUUAACUUUGACGUUUUGAUACCUGUACAAUAUUGUUGUAUUUUUUUUAAAGCUGUGUGUUCACUGUUCAACUGACUGUGGGGCCCGAUUUAGACGCCUUUCCUACGCACUUCUCAGUAGUUGGUAUUCAGACUUACCUUAUGCAGGUGCGUAACGGGCUUUGCAGACGUGGUUCACUUGCGCGCGCUGAAUACAUUUCAUUCAACCGUUGAAAACCCUAUCAUUUACUGGCCAACAGAUUUUCUUGUGGAGUUUUCAUCCAAUACAUUUGUCGACAGACUCACUAGAAUGGGUUCAGAAUAUAGAGAUCAAUGAAAGAAAGCCAACUAAAUAUAUGCAUAUUCGUCUCCGUUUCAGGACCGACUGGUCGAUUUAAAAAUACUUAUUAAGGCACAUUUUUGGGUUAGGAAAGUAUGUAUGAAUCAUUAAUAUAAAUACAGGGUUUGAAGAGCCUUUACA